CAGCCAUUUCUCCCUCUCAUUUUCAUCCCCGCCCCAAAUCCGCCUUCAUCGAGGGUUCUUUACAUCUAUCUACGGUGUAAUAUCCAGAUCUCUUUACGCGAUUAACUGUAACACUUCUCCAAAAAUGAACGGCGAUAAUCGAAGAAGAGCAGACCGCAAAGACACAAGGAUUUCAAAGAAGCAGAAACUCAUUCUAUCGACCGAAGAAAAGCUCGAGACCAAGCUCGGCUUUGAUCUAUUCACCGAAGGAGAAAAGCGCCUCGGCUGGCUACUCACAUUUUCUACUUCAUCGUGGGAGGACCAAGAUACGCAGAGAGAAUAUAGCUGUGUCGAUCUAUAUUUCGUUUGCCAGGAUGGUUCGACUUUUAAAGCCAAGUACAAGUUCAGACCUUAUUUUUAUGCUGCUACGAAGGAUAAGAUGGAAAUGGAUGUUGAUGCAUAUUUAAGAAGAAGAUAUGAAGGGAAAGUUGCUGAUAUUCAAAUAGUAGAGAAAGAGGACCUUGAUCUUAAAAACCAUCUUUCUGGAUUGAGGAAAACUUACUUAAAGAUAUCAUUUGACACUGUACAACAAUUGAUGGAGGUAAAGCGUGACCUGAUGCACGUGGUUGAAAGAAAUCAAGAAAAGUUUAAUGCUUCAGAGGCAUAUGAGUCCAUAAUGUCAGGAAAAAGCAAAGAACGAAUUCAAGAUUUUAUAGAUUGCAUCUCUGAUCUACGGGAGUAUGAUGUGCCUUAUCAUGUUCGUUUUGCCAUUGAUAAUGAUGUAAGAUCCGGAUUGUGGUAUGAUGUUAGUGUGUCAAGUGAUGGAGUUAAGUUAGAAAGGAGGCAUGAUCUCCUGCAGCGUGCUGAAGUUCAUGUCUGUGCAUUUGACAUAGAGACAACAAAGCUUCCUUUAAAAUUUCCAGAUGCUGAAUAUGAUUUAGUUAUGAUGAUUUCAUACAUGGUUGAUGGAAAAGGAUAUUUGAUUAUUAAUAGAGAGUGUGUUGGUGAAGAUAUAGAGGAUUUGGAAUAUACACCGAAGGCUGAAUUUGAAGGAUACUUUAAAGUGACAAAUGUGAAGAAUGAGGAAGAACUUAUCAAAUCAUGGUUUGCUCAUAUGGCAGAGGUGAAACCUGGUAUUUAUGUCACAUACAAUGGUGACUUUUUUGAUUGGCCAUUCAUGGAAAGAAGGGCAGCUCAUCAUGGCCUGAUAAUGAAGGAUGAGCUAGGGUUUCAAUGUGACACAGUGCAAGGUGAAUGUCGUGCUAAAUUUGCAUGUCAUCUGGAUUGUUUUGCAUGGGUCAAACGUGAUAGUUAUCUACCUCAAGGAAGCCAUGGUUUGAAGGCUGUCACUAAAGCCAAAUUGGGCUAUGAUCCAUUGGAGGUAAAUCCUGAAGAUAUGGUUCGUUUUGCAAUGGAAAAACCACAGACGAUGGCUUCAUAUUCAGUAUCUGAUGCUGUGUCAACAUACUACUUGUAUAUGACAUAUGUUCAUCCCUUCAUUUUCUCCCUUGCAACUAUAAUACCAAUGCCUCCUGAUGAAGUCUUGCGUAAAGGAAGUGGGACCCUCUGUGAAAUGCUUCUCAUGGUUGAGGCAUACGUGGCAAAUGUUGUAUGUCCAAACAAGCACCAAUCUGAAGCAGAAAAGUUUCAUAAUGGGCGCCUUUUGGAGAGUGAGACAUACAUUGGUGGCCAUGUGGAGUGUUUGGAAACUGGUGUUUUCAGAUCCGACCUUCCAACUUCUUUCAAACUUGAUUCAUCUGCUUUCACUCAACUUAUCGACAACCUUGAUCGGGAUCUUCAAUAUGCUAUUAAAGUGGAGGGUAAAAUGGACAUUGAAACAGUCUCAAAUUACGAUGAAGUAAAGGAUGCUAUUACAGAAAAGCUUGCAUCAUUACGAGAUGAACCUACACGAGAAGAAUGUCCCCUUAUUUAUCAUCUUGAUGUUGCUGCUAUGUAUCCCAAUAUUAUAUUAACAAACAGACUUCAGCCACCAUCAAUAGUUACAGAUGAGGUGUGCACUGCAUGUGAUUUCAAUCGCCCUGGGAAAACUUGUCUUAGGAAACUUGAAUGGAAGUGGCGUGGAGAGACAUACACAGCAAAGAGAAGUGAUUACUAUCAUUUGAAGAGGCAAAUUGAAUCCGAAGUUGUUGCUGUUGAUGGCUUCAAAUCAAAGUCGUUCCUUGAGCUGCCUAAAGUGGACCAACAACUGAAGCUGAAAGAUCGUUUAAAGAAAUACUGCCAAAAGGCGUAUAAACGAGUGCUUGAGAAGCCACAUACUGAAACUAGAGAAGCAGGGAUUUGCAUGCGUGAAAAUGCAUUUUAUGUUGAUACUGUCAGAAGUUUUCGUGAUAGAAGAUAUGAAUAUAAAGGACUUAAUAAAUUAUGGAAAGGGAAGUUGUCAGAAGCAAAAGCUAGUGGAAAUCCUAUUAAGAUCCAGGAAGCACAAGAUAUGGUGGUUCUCUAUGAUUCUCUUCAGCUUGCUCAUAAAUGUAUUUUGAAUUCCUUCUAUGGAUAUGUCAUGCGCAAAGGUGCAAGAUGGUAUUCAAUGGAAAUGGCUGGAGUUGUUACAUAUACUGGAGCAAAAAUAAUCCAGAAUGCCCAUGAACUUGUUAAAAAAAUUGGAAAACCUCUAGAAUUAGACACAGAUGGUAUCUGGUGUGUUUUGCCAGGGUCAUUUCCGGAAAACUUUACCUUUAAAUUUAGAGACUCAAAGAAGAAGUUUACAAUCUCAUAUCCAUGUGUUAUGCUCAAUGUUGAUGUGGCAAGAAACAACACAAAUGACCAAUACCAGACUCUCAAAGAUCCUAUCAACAGAACAUACACAACACACAGUGAAUGUUCAAUUGAAUUUGAAGUGGAUGGACCAUAUAAGGCAAUGAUUCUUCCUGCUUCUAAAGAAGAGAAUAAAUUGAUUAAAAAAAGGUAUGCUGUUUUUAAUGACGAUGGUACCCUUGCUGAGCUUAAAGGUUUUGAGAUAAAGAGAAGGGGUGAACUAAAGCUCAUUAAAGUUUUCCAAGCUGAGCUCUUUGACAAAUUUCUUCACGGGUCAACUUUAGAGGAAUGCUAUUCUGCAGUUGCUUCUGUUGCAAACCGCUGGCUUGAUCUUCUUGAUAAUCAAGGGAAUGAUAUUGCAGAUAGUGAAUUGCUUGAUUACAUAUCAGAAUCGAGCACAAUGAGCAAGUCUUUAGUAGAUUAUGGAGUGCAGAAAUCAUGUGCUGUAACCACAGCAAAACGUUUGGCUGAUUUUCUUGGUGAUACCAUGGUUAAAGACAAAGGACUUCGUUGCCAAUAUGUUGUUGCAUGUGAACCAAAGGGGACCCCGGUGAGUGAACGUGCAGUUCCUGUUGCAAUAUUUGAAACUGACCCAGAAAUUAUGAAGUUCUAUGUGAAAAAGUGGUGUAAAAUCUCAUCAGAUAUUGGCAUUCGGUCUAUUAUUGACUGGGAAUAUUACAAACAACGUCUUAGCUCUGCUAUUCAAAAAACCAUUACUAUUCCUGCAGCAAUGCAGAAGGUUUCAAAUCCUGUUCCAAGAGUAGUUCAUCCUCCAUGGUUACACAAGAAGGUUCGUGAAAAGGAUGACAAAAUGAGGCAAAGAAAAUUAAAUGUCAUGUUUAGUUCAAUGAAAAAGGCCAAUGAAGAGGAGGUGAGAAAGGACACAAAUGGAAAAGAACAUGUAAUUCAAGAACAGGAAGCUGUGGACUUGGAGGAUUUUGGGAGCAAAGGAAAAUCUUCCAAUUCUACCCCUAGACCUGUUGUUCGUUCUUAUGAAACUAAUGGUAAAACAAGUUCUUCCAAGGAAAAAGUUGACCAUGGUCAAAGGACGAAUCCAGUGGUUGAUAUCCCUGUGGAGGAUAAUAUAGACAGACAUGUGGAUUACCAAGGAUGGCUUAAUCAAAGAAAAAGAAAAUGGAAACAAGUUCGUGAAAAAAAGAAGAAACAAAAGUUGGACAGUUUGGACAAAAAUACCCAAAGGAAUGGAGUUACUGAGAUCCGUAGUGGCGUGUCAAAUAAAAAACAAGCUCAGGGUAGAACUGGGGUAAAUUCGUACUUUGAAAGACAUGAACUUGCCCUUACACGCAGCCAUUGGCAGAUAAUUCAACUUGUUCCAAGUUCUGAACUUGGACAGUUUUUUGGUUGGGUUGUUGCGGAUGGAAGGAUGCAUAAGAUUGCUAUAAAAGUUCCAAGAGUAUUUUACCUUAAUUCUAAAGCUCCUGUAACUGAAGACUUUCCUGGAAGACGUGUCAACAAGAUUCUUCCUCAUGGACACCAUUCUCAUAACCUCAUUGAGGUCAUAGUUGAUGAAGAUCAGUUUAAGACAGAAAGCAGGAAACUUGCUGCUCACCUAGCAGAUCCUGAAGUGGAGGGGAUAUAUGAAACAAAAGUCGGGUUGGAUUUCAGUUCAAUUCUCCAAAUUGGAUGUGUUUGCAAAGUGGAUAAAUCAGCUAAAAAACGAAAUGCAAAAGAGGGUUGGAAUCUGAGUGAAUUGCAUAUGAAAACCACUACAGAGUGCUCUUAUCUUGAAUCUCCAAUUCCUUUCUUCUACUUAUAUCAUAGCAUAUCUGAAGUAAGGGGAAUCUAUGUUGUAUACUUUCCUUCAUCUUCAGUCAUCCAUGCAGUAAUUGUCAACCCCUUCCAGAAUAAAGAAUUAACUCCCAAUAUUUUAGAUAAACAGUUUCGUGAUGCUUGCCAAGCUUUAUCAGUUGAAUCUUCCAUGUCCAGAGGUUCCUCCAAUUUUAAGGUGGAGUAUGUUGGAACCCCUAAAGAUGCUGAAAGGAUCUUUCAAAGAACCAUAAGUGAAUUUAGAGAUGAGCUUCAUGGACCUGCAAUUGGUGUAAUCGAAUGCCCAGAUGUUAAGUUAAUGAAGUUGAAUAUAAGAGCUUUGGAUGAUUUUCCAUGUGUUUCUAUUCCUUCAAAUGCUCGUGAUUGUCACUAUCCAACUCUUUCUUGGCAAGCUUUUGCUGCAAAAAUUGGGAUGCAACGUUGUGCUGCAUCACCUCGCUGGUUGAAUGAAAGAAUCUCUCUUUCCAGAUACUCCCAUAUUCCAUUAGGCAACUUUGAACUGGAUUGGCUUAUACACACUGCAGAUAUCUUCUUUGCAAGAGCUUUACGUGAUCACCAACAGAUACUUUGGGUAUCAGAUAAUGGAUUUCCAGAUCUUGGAGGGGAUACUGAAGAAGAAACUUGUUACUCUGAUGAGGUCAAUCAACCUGUUCUUACUUACCCAGGUGCUUAUAGGAAAGUCACAGUUGAGCUAAAGAUUCAUCAUCUGGCUGUCAAUGCUCUGUUAAAAAGCAACCAAAUAAAUGAAAUGGAGGGAGGUACCUUAUUUGGGUUUGACCAUGAUUUGACCUCUGGAUCACAUCUUCCCAAUGAACAAUUAGGGUUAGAUGAGGCCACAUCAUGUUCAUCUGCAUUUCGUGUCCUCAAACAAUUGAUUCAAAGAUGUCUUGCUGAUGCUGUUUCAUCAGGAAAUAUAUUUGCUGAUGCAAUGUUGCAACAUUUAUACAGAUGGCUCUGCAGCCCAAGGUCAGCUCUUCAUGAUCCAGCUCUUCAUCGAAUGCUUCACAAGGUUAUGCAAAAGGUGUUUGCACUACUGCUGUCUGAAUUUAGAAAGUUGGGUGCCACCAUUAUAUUUGCUAACUUCUCAAAAGUCAUACUUGAUACUGGAAAGUCAGACUUAUUUGCAGCCCAAGCUUACUGUGAUAGUCUACUCAAAGCUUUACAAGAAAGAGACUUAUUUGAGUGGAUUGAGCUUGAACCCAUGCAAUUCUGGCACUCACUUCUAUUCAUGGAUCAGUACAACUAUGGUGGACUUCAGGCUAAAUUAGAUCAAACAGACGAUAACACAUAUGAUGAGCCUCAAGUGGAAUUAGUCUCCAGUUGGAAUAUAGCAGAAAACCUCCCCAAGGAGACUCAGGAUCAUUUCGUUUUUAUAGUCACUGAGUUCAUGCACCUCCCAUGGAAGUUUACACAAGAUGAAACCAUGAAAAGAGCAGCUAUAAGAAACAGUGACUCCUGCACUCCAUCAAUCACAGCUGCUGCUGCUGAAUCAUUCGAGUCAUGCAUCACUGAACAUCUUAGGGAACAGGUUAAUUCUUACUUCACGGAUAAACUAUUGAAAAUAGUUCGUGAUCUUGUUCUUCACACGAAAGGGAAAGGGAAAUCUAAGCAAGAUGAAGACAAUGUUUAUAAAGGGGAUCCUGCACUUGAGUUUAUUAAGCAUGUCUGUGCUGUUCUUGUUCUUGACCAGAAUGUGCAGCAUGAUAUUCUGAUAAUGAGGAAGAACCUGUUGAAAUAUGUACGUGUAAGGGAGUUUGCUCCAGAGGCACAGUUUCAAGACUGUUCCUUUUCCUUCACUUUACCAAAUGUCAUUUGCAGCUACUGCAACGACUGUAGAGAUCUAGAUUUAUGUCGUGACAGAGGCUUGCUAACUCAAGAAUGGAGAUGUGGGGUCCCACAGUGUGGUCAACCCUACAACCGUGAAGUCAUGGAAAAUGCUCUUCUUCAGAUAGUUCGACAGAGAGAACGACUUUAUCAUCUUCAAGAUUUGGUCUGUUUAAAAUGCAAGCAAAUCAAAGCUGCACACCUGGCAGAAUAUUGUGGGUGUGCGGGCUCCUUUUGUCUCAAAGAGGAAGUCACUGUUUUCAUGAAGAAGAUGGAAGUCUUCUUCAACAUUGGCAUACACCAAAAGUUUGAGCUGCUUGUCGAAUGUGUGUCAUGGAUUUUGGAGCUAAAACAGGUUUAGUUGAACUGAAUUGAUUAUUAUUUUUAGAUAGAUACGCAUAAAUGGUUGAGAAAGAUGUUUGGGAAUUUGGUUAUAGAGUUGAUGAAGUUUCUGAU